AUGGAUUCUCUGCCUCUCUCACUGCACAAUUGUUCAGACACAAACCCUAAUUCUUCUUCUUCUCCCUCACACAACUCCCUCCUUUUGGGCCCUGCAAAUGGUUUUGCACCCUCCGGCGACAACUUACGCAUUAAUCUCCGUCUUGAGCUCCAUCACCACGCCUCCAACGAUGAUCGGAAUCCCCUCACCGCCGAUACCAACCUCCGCCAUAGCCAAGCUUCAGAGUUUUCUGCACAAUCAUUACAGCAAGGCAUAAAACUUGACUCUUCAAUCCUCGAAAUGGAUCGGGGGAUUUGUUGCCCGAUUUGCAAAGACGAGCUUUUCCUCGAUUUGGAAUUCAAGGUGCUGCCUUGCAAGCACAAGUUCCACGCAAACUGCAUCUCGCGGUGGUUAAAGAUAAAGAAUUCGUGCCCGAUUUGUCGAUUCCAGAUGCCGAUCAAGGUGGAUGCAGGGGAGUUUGACAGGCUGGGGUCAGUAGAAUCUGAAGAAUUUGAUGAUGAAGAAGAAGAAGAAGAAGAUGAUUAUGAGUUUCCAGGCGCUUGGCAUCCACCAAUUAGGCGAGUUCCGCGGAGCUAUAAUCUCUCGGCGAUGUUCCCAGUGCUCUUCUGA